UUAUUUGUGUUUUUUAGCAUAUUUUGUAGUUUGCAUGAUGAAGGUUCACAUUUUCUGAUCAUUUCUGUAUUCUUAUCCUUCAAGUUAUACUCUACUACCUCAUUUAUAUCAUCAAUGAAUAUAAUUACUUAGUCUAAUAAAAGUAAAAACUUUAAUGUUAAGGGUUAUACUUAUAGGGUUGAUAGUUAAGUAUAUAUUAUAAGUCACUAAAGUUUCUGAAUUUCAUGGUGAAAAAUUUAUGGUUCACCAUGAUUAUAUUUAUAAGUGAGACUCAAAAGGAACACAUAAAUCUUCUUCAUACCCGCUCCUCUAAAGUUUUAAUUGAUGUUUGUAAACUUACUCUGGAUUUUUUGUAUAAUGGUUUAAAUACCCAAAAAUAUAAUGUUGCAGCUGAAAAAUUUGAAAUAUCACAGAGUGAAGUACAAAAUGUAAUACAAGCUUUAGCACAUCUUAUAGUUGAAAGCUGUAAGCAAAAUCUUUCAGAGCAAAAUUUUCAGGCAACAUUGACAAUAGCAGGGUUCUCAUCCGACCAUCAGCAGGUGCUUAUUAAGUUUUACUUAGCAAAGAAGCCUGAAAUAUGUUCAGUGUUAAGUUUGAUUGAGCAAAAGUAUCCCAUGUACCAAGACUUAGCAUGGAGGUUUGAAAUUCAGAUGGCUUCUUCCCACUCUAUUGAAGAGAUUAAACCGAUGGUGACUAUGGAUUUUGUAUUAUCAACUCCUAAGAAUAUUGUCAAUUCAAAAGAUGUUCCAGUAAAGAAACAAUUAUAUUCACCAACAAUUAAUAUAGACUCAAAAAUACCUGAUGCCAGAGCAGCCAGCCAUUGUGAAAAUGUAAUUAGCCAUGUUUUGUUACAAUGUGACUUGCCUAACUUAAUACAUCUUACAAAUAGGUUAAGUGAAGCUUUAAGUGAAUCCAAAAGUCAACAUGUUCGAAGAAUACAAAGGGUAUUGUAGAAGGUGUUUUAUAAUAAAGUUUUGUAAAAUAUUGUAUUAAGUGAAUAUUACAAAUAUUUUCAUAAGGCCAUACAUAAUAAUAAGGCCAUCCUACUAAUAUUAUAAAUGUGAAAGUUUUUAUGUCUGGAUGUAUGUUUGAACUUCUUUAACGCAAACACUACUAAAUGGAUUUUGAUGAAACUUUGCAAUAAUAUAGCUUACACACCAGAAUAACAUAUAGGCUAUAAUUUAUAAAAAUAUUGUGUGAAUCAUCUAUACAUUUAAAUAAAAUUGGAGUGUCUGUUUGUAAUAUUGAAAUUACCGUUUUUUACUAAAUGUAUAUUAUGAAUACAUAUACACCAAAAUAAAUUUUUUUACAAUUUUUGUCUGUCUGUCUGUUUGUUCCGGCUAAUCCGGCGACUUUUUUGGCAGGUAGUUGAUGUAAUAAGGAGUAACUUAGGCUACGUUUAUAUUAGAAAAAUAAAGCAAUUUCCAAGAAACGGUCUAAAUUUAUAUGACAAAACAAUGUUUGCCGGGUCAGCUAGUACAUAAUAAUUGUGCAUAAAUAAAAAUAAUAAUUGUAAACACUUUUGUAAUAUUAUAAAUAUAUCGUGAAUGUAUAUUGCGUGAAAAAAUUAAAGAUAAUUUAACAAAUAUU